AUGGCCGAUUCCACAUCCCCUUCGAUAGCUCCAACCUCCGGCCUCAAGUGGGUAAAGAGAUUCAGCUACGGAUACGACCCGCAGUGGUCCAUCGAGCCGGAACACUCCGCCAUUGAGCUCAUAGCCCGCAAGACCUUCCCCAUCCCUCCGGACGCCGACCUCUCGGUCACAUUCUUCAAGGAAGGCGCGCUAAACAAGCUAUACAAGGUGAAUGUCGGUGAGGCCAGCUACAUCAUUCGUGUAGCUCUGCCCUUCGAUCCCGCCAGGACGAUGAGCGAGGUGACUACUAUGCGGCUCAUCCGAGACAAGACGAGUAUACCCAUUCCUCGCGUUCUCUCCUACGACGCCACGAGCCACAACGAGCUCCGGCUCUCAUGGGUAUCGAUGGAGAUCGUCCCAGGUCGACGACUAUCUGAGGCUUGGCGAAAGAUGCCGAUGGUGGCCAAGAGGGCCAUGACAGAGCAACUUGCGGGAUAUCAAGCCCAGCUCCUCACUCUCGGCUUGCAUGCCAUCGGCUCGGUCGUCCCUAUCAAAGAAGCGGAAGACCAUCAUCACACAGUCCUCACCUGCGUCAUCCUCCCCUUCGCUUUCGCCUACGCGGUCAUCGCUGUCCUCAUCCACCGCAUCAUCCUCCUGUACACCGGCUUCGACUACAUCACAACCCAUAAUCUCGGCCGGCCGACCACGCCAUUGCACCUUCUCGGCGCCAACGCGGGUCUCCCGCUCGGUCCGUACUUGUCCACUCGGGACUGGCUGAGUCACAGACUGGCAGUGCUCCAAGCUCGCACUGAGCAGUCAUUACACUUCUACCGAACGGCCAAGUUGGCAUCCGGGCUCAGCGCGAAGGAUCUGGAAUCCCUCGAGGACAAUUCGGUCCUUUGCGAGGGAGAUCUCGGCAUCAUCUCCCUCCUUAUCCAGCACCUCCCUCGGGUCUUCCCUAGACAUCGAUCCGAGCGGACCAUGCUCUUCCACCACAACCUCAGCGAGCGCAACAUUAUGGUCGAUUCGGACGGCGUCAUCAUGGCCGUUCUCGACUGGGAGCAUGUGUGUGCUGUGCCAUUCUGGUACUGCACCCAGUUCCCGGGUGUCCUCAUGACCAUGAAACAGAAACUCAGGCCCCGCCGGAGCGAGUACGGACCCGCCGAGAGCUUCUACUUGGAUGAUCCGGAGGAGCACGGGGAUCUCGACGGAGUAUCACUUUUGUACUGGGAGUCGAGGGAACGUUUCGAGAAGACGAUACUCCGGAAGGUAUACAUGGCGGAGAUGGACCGGCUGGUACCUGGCUGGGCGGCAGAGUACAAAAGGAGCAAAGGUCAGAGGGAGUUUGAGGACUGUAUUGCCCAUCUUGAGUGGGGAGGUCACUAUGGCUUGAAGGGAUUCGAAGACUGGCUGGAGGCGUAUGAUCCUGUGACCGGUGAGGGGUCGCCGGAAGCAUGCGAGGACCGCUGGCCGAUCUUUGGCGAGGGACUCGAGUGA